AUGGAUCAGACAGACACGACAGAUCUCCAAGAUGUCCUGGAGUUCGGGGAUCUCGAAGAUGUCCUGGAGUUCGGGGAUGUCACAGAUCUUCAAGAUGUCCUUGAGUCCAGGGAUGUGACAGAUCUCACAGUGACGGAUUUGGCCGAAGGGCAUACCUCCAGAGAAGCUGGUGUCUCAUGGUCAUCCGAAACCGAUAGCUGUGAUAGCGAGGUGGACAGGACCCUCAGCAUGACAGCGACAGUGAGCCUGAGCUUGAUCUUGAAGCCCGAACUCUUGCGUGGGACGCCUCUUUCUGUGGCUCUGAGUGGCUUUUGCAAAUAUUGGGCCGGAUUGAGCUCCGGACCAGGCAGAGCUGCCUUGUUCAACUUGAGUCGAGCUGUUCUGUCUAUUGACGUCUUCCUGAGCCAUGAUUGGGAGACGUCACGCUGGAUGAAGCUAUUAACUCUCGUGCUCUACUUCAACUCCCACGCUGCAGCCAUAGCAUCCUUGCUCUCAAGCCUUGUGAUCGGUGUCGCCAAGACACAACUGGGGAGCAGCAUUUGGCAACACGAUCUCUGGACCUUCUCCUGCUACCCUGUGUUUCUGGUCUUUCUUUUCUUCUGGCAGAGGAUCCGGAGCUGCUUUGCAUCACCUUGGAUGGUUUUCCUGGACAAACUCUGCAUCCAUCAAGAGAACGAUGAGCUGAAACUGCUGGGUAUCCUCGGUCUUGGAGCCUUUGUCCGCCGAUCCAACAAGCUUCUGGUUUUGUGGUCCAAAAGAACCUUCGGUCGCUUGUGGUGUGCCUAUGAGAUCGGAUGCUUUCUGAGCGGUCGGCCCCUGGAGCAGGAGCAGAUUGAAAUUCUUCCAGUCACGGUCGCUGCCAUCCUAUUUUUGAUUUCGGGUCUGUGGCAUGUGGUGAUUUUCAGCUUUAUCUGGUCGCUCUCCGCUUUUGAUGGAAACUCCAUGUCAAAUCUCGUCUUCUUGUGCGGCAUCUUCCUUCCGUGCGUCUGCCUUAUACUACCUCCUGUGAACUACUUGGGUCUAGGUCUGAUAGAUGAUUUGGACCAGCUACCCCAGCAAUUGAAGAGCUUUCAAAUACAAGCCUGUCAAUGUUUCUGUUGUAACAACAGUCACAAACAUCCAGAAACUGGUGCUGAGAUGAUCUGUGACCGUCAGCUGGUCUACGAGUCGCUGGCCUCCCUCUACACCAGGCAAAGUGAACAUGGAUCAGACCCAUUGGACUGUUUCAACAGGCGUGUCCGGGAGAAGUUGAGGCCUCGGAUUCUCCGCAAGCUGCGUCUCAACUUUGGCCUCAGAUACAUGGCGAGCUUAGUGUGGGUCAGCAACUUGCCCGAACUGUCCCUGAUCAUUUGGGACAUCAGCCGGGGCCCUGAGGUGCCAAUGUCCGGCUUGGACUAUGCCGCAUGGUGUGCACGGCUCCUCUUACACUGGGCGCACUUAUUCGUUCUGAUGGCUCUUUCCUUGACGUUCUCAAGGCAUUUGUGGAAGUUGCGGAAGCUCCCCUUCUUCCGAGCUCGCCGACUCCUGUGCUCGAUAUGUUUGGCCCCAAUCCAGGUCAUCCUGAUUGGAGCAUUGGAGGCGAGUAUGGAGCUGACAUUGGCGAUGACUGGGGAGAACAGUUUCCUGCUCUGGGUGCCCCUACACACCUUGUGGCCACGGGUGUUUCGUGCAGCUUGGAUUUUCUUUCAUCGCUUCAGCACUGAGGAGUGUGUCGUGCAGAAAGAUGGCCGGCAUCGUGAUCACGAGGUGAUGCGCGUGGCCCGAGCACAUGAGGUCCUGAAAUCCCGUGCUGGCGCCUUGCUGGACGAAGCGGUGGCACUGGAGGUGCGCGCGCAACUCAAUGAACGUGAAGCGGAGCUGUUGGAGUUUGGGUGGUCCUUGGACGCCUACGAGACGGGCUCCUUGUCAAGCCUUGACACUGGAGCGGGUCACCGUGGAUUCCACAAGCGACUGGGGCCGUUUGGUCUGGACCUAGCAAGCCUCUUGCUUUUCACCGGGUGGAAUGAGCAGUCAGCUGAGCGAAAGGAUUUGCUUUCCGAGCAGGAGAACCUCCGUGCUCGUUGCCGGAACGACGGCGAUGCGGUGGAGGCAUUGAACACCUACUCCGCAGCCAAGGCGGCGAUCGCCAGCUGGCGCGAGGCCUUCCGCCAGGAGGAGUUCAAUGCCGCACCUCCCGAUGAGUUUGUUGGCCUGGCCGGCAGUGCACGAGCGGAGCUGGACGUGCAUGCCGAGGGCUUGGCGAGCCUGGAGGAGGCCGUCGCCAGUUUGUGCGAGCGUGGCGUGGAAGAUCGGGCCAAGGUGGGGCGCAAGUUUCGCGCGAAGACGCCUCGACGGCUUCCAGUGCCUAUGGGAGGCGGAAUGGCGGGCAUUUUCCUGAGCGCAGAUAGAGCGGCGGCCGAACGGCUUCGGGCCAAACAUGCUCUGGAUGUGCGGCGAGGUCUAAGCAGGACGUACACAGUGGAGACGAUUUUACAAAUCCUGGAUUCAGCGACGGCAUUCCGGAAGACCUUUGACUUCCUUUACUUGCCGAAGCGAGGAGACCAGAGAGAACAAGCGAGGUUUCUCGCGGACGCUUUGGCACUGGGCGCCGUCGACCAGCGGAGUGCGACGCGGUCGACCCGGAAGCGAGAGCGCGGCGAAUUGGUCGCAGAUCUCUUGCCAGUGAUGCAGCGAUGUGUGACUCCCCAAUUGCUGCAGUGGGCGAGACAGGCGGAUGGAGUUUGGGACAUUGCGCGUUUUCGGAGAAAGAUGGAGCUCUACAUCGGCGCCAGCGGUGAUACCCGGCUCCCACCUGCUGGGGUGGUGGCAGUAGGUGAAGCGAUGCCGACUCUGGGCUGGGACAUGCAGGGGCUGAGACGUGACGCAGCGGAUGCACUCUAUGACACAAAGGCAGAUGGAGAUCUCCUACAGCUAAUGCAGCUGGGAGGUCGUGCGUGCAGCCCACAUGAGCUGGCGGGAGGGACUCGGACGCCGGACGCCGCUGUGCCGGCCCGGCGCGAGCGCCCGGCGCGAGCGGUCCCAAUCCCCCAACCGGACGGCCAACGGCUGGGCCCCAGAGGGCAGAGGACCGAGGUGCCACGCUCCCGGACGACGAAGCUCGAGGAGCUCGAGGAGCGAGGAAAGGCCUCGGUGGGGAGGCGCAAGCCUCGCACCAGUGCGUGCGAGCGGAGACGGCACGGCGCCGCUGGGGCGCGGCCCUCGGUCGAGCAGAACCCGCACUACGUGGCGCCCAACGAGUCCGCGCGCGCAGAGCGCGACGCCGAAGGUAAUGUGACACUGUAUGCCUGGGCGAGGAUGUUGCCCACGCCUCUCACCUGUGAAGGUGAGUCGUGCGUCUUGCAAAGGUCGCAUCGGGAGGCGCCGCCCUCGCUCUGGCCGACCGAAGUGGUUUUGCCCUUGCGGAGCCAGAUGCAGGUGCUCUCGGCCUGGUACGGCCACCCGUCGGACCCCGGGCGAAGGCUGGACGUCUCGGAGCGCGUCAAGGCGUUGCUGGAGGGGCACGAGCACCUGGGCUCCGGGCUGGGCAACCUGCUGCGGGAGUCUCUGCAUCGCCCCUUGGGCCUGAACGACGCGACGUCCGGUGGACCGGACGCGCAGCGGCGCGCAGCAAACGCGAAGCGAGAGCGACCUGAAGCACCAUGGACCGGGCAACGAGAGGACCGUCCGGCACUCAACUUGAUGGAUAUCAACGUCUACCAUGACCCCGCCGUGAGGCUGUACAAGGUCCUCCAGGUGUUGCUCACGUUGAGGCGAUGGAAAACUUUGCCUUCCUGCGAGCACUCAGUUCUGGGGGCAGGACCAACUGGUGCGGGGAGGGCUGCCACGGAACGGGAGGGGAGUUGUUGGAGCUUGGCAGAACAGCUGAAAUCCAACGACGCUGACCUGCUGGGCGUCAUCGAUUGGAGUCUCCUUACGCGAGAAGCUCAGGGGGUGCCCCCGCCACGCUACGAGGGCCGCUUCUCCGCUUUGCGGCCUGGCGGUGCUCAGGCAGAGCAGUUGGCCUGGGCAGUGAAGCACUUCGAGGUCGAUGAGGUCCGCCGGCUGUUGCGACGCUGGCCAGCGGGUGCUGUGGCCGGGCUGCAUGCGGGCUACGAACAAGCCGGCCGAAACGGGUUCGUUGUGGGUCUCCCUCCAUUCUUGGUCCUUGUGGGGCUGUCCACAGAAGACAACACGCUCUUCCACCUGGCGGCGGGCGAGACCGCCCGCGCGGCGGCACGGCGUGAGCAGGCGGAGGAGGCCGCCGGGGAGGUCGAAGGACCGUGGCCGGACGAUGCGGCCGUGUUGGCGGAGACAGCCUCGCCGAAGACGAGCUUCCUCGGUCUGCGGGCGGCUGAGGGCGUUUGUGGGACCAGCCGUCGGCUCCGACGAGGAGGCCGUCCAGAUUGGACGAUGCCCGUGAUCAGCUGGAUGUCGCUGGUGGCUUUGCGCCGAGGUUCCACCCGACCUCGAGUCGUGUGCGGCUGCGUGCCGAAGAACCUGGUGGAGGGCUGGGUGGUGAAGUACCAGCGUGAUGGUCCAGAAUCGACCUCUCUGGGCUUGGCCGUCGUGGACGAGAAAGGGCGGCUGCAGCCCUUGUGUACUUGGGAGGAGCACAUGGAAGAUGCAGACGCCAUCGAUGCAGAGGAUCGAGUCGUGCCACUGGACCCAGAUUCGAUCGACGCGUCUCGACGCGUUCUGCGACCGAUGCCGUUCACGCCCUGCGCGUCCGUCUCCGUGAACGACAGGCAAUUGCUGGACGUGAUGGUGAGCCAUCGGCAGAUGCCGCGCCCGGUGAACCCGCACGGAGAGGAGGACACCUACCUGGUGGAUGAAGAGGAGGACCUUUCUGAUGUGGAGAUUGUGGUGCGGCCAGAGUGCGAACCUUCCAUGGUUUGA